CUCACGCUGCUCUCGUACUCCAUUGUUGACUUCCCCACAUGAUGAACACACUUCUUACCCAUUUUUUCCUUCCUUCUAGCACUUGGUGGACAGAUAGAUGGACUCUCAUGGCUUUUUGGGCAUGAAAGUGUUGGUGGGCUCAUCUCCUUGUAGCUUAUCCCCUCCUCUAGCCUCCUCGGACCUCGAAUCAAUCAGGAAAAGGGGCCUCUUUACCUCUCAUUUUCUCAAGCAGGGGAGGUCUUGUAGAGCUGACGAAGAUGAGCAGAGAUCCCCAAAGAUUGCCAGAUCCAUGGCCCUCUCUUCUGCCUCAAAUGGAGAGCAAAUGCUUAGCUUUUCUUCUUCCAAGCCAUCUUCUUUGGUUUAUAGCUGCGACAAAACAUCAGUUUUAGCUACAUUACCACCAUCUUCAGCACCUUCCUCUCUAGUUCGGAGGGCAGGCUUGAACUCUGUAGACCUCAAUGUGAAGAUGCAGGGAGCUGUAAGAGGGCCAAGCGGGGCCUUCACUCUUUCCCAGCGAAUGGAGCUGAAGCAACAAAUGCUGAUAUAUAACUACAUUUGGGCAAAUGUUCCCAUUCCAACAAAUCUGCUUAGCUCACUAAUGAGAGGCCUUAGUCCUGCUUGGUUCUCUGUAUGCUCAACUGGAUCUGUUAGACCUAACGCAGCCUGGUGGGGAUAUUUCCAUCCUGGUUAUGUGGGGAAUGCAGAUCCAGAGCCUGGUAGAUGCCGCCGAACCGACGGCAAGAAAUGGCGCUGCUCAAGAGAUGCUGUUCCUGACCAGAAGUACUGUGAGAGACACAUAAAUCGUGGCCGCCACCGUUCAAGAAAGCCUGUGGAAGGCCAUGGUGAGCAUACCAAGAUAACAAUGCCCGGCGUCACCAACCCAACUUUAGUUUCAUCUGUUCCCUCUGGCGGCCAAUCAUCGAACUCCCUCUCAGUUACCAGACAUCAGAUCCAAAUCCCUCAUGCUACUGUUAAUGCCUCCUCAUCUCAGUUCUGGAUGCCAACUAGCGCGAAUGCUACAAAUAACCGUAAGGAAAGUCCUCAAGAUCAUUCUAUUCUAACUUCAACCACUAAGCCUUGCGAUUCAUUGUUUACAACCUCUAGAAAUUACAACCCUCUUAGUGAAACUUCCUCCAUAGGACUUAACGCUGGUAAUAUUCUCAAGAGCCAUCUCAGUGGCUCAUUUUUGGCUAACAAUAACUUUGAUACACCUCUAGAACUCCAUGACCAGCAAAACCAGCAACCACAGGUUCUAGGACAUUUUAUCGAUGACUGGCCGGCAAGCCGGUCUGAAAGCUCUAAUAUCAUUUGGCCUGGUGUAGAGGAAAUACAAUCUGAGAAAACCCAACUCUCUAUGCCAUUCCCCCUUGCUUCAUCAGAUUUCUCAUCUUCCAAUUCUUCACCUGCCCCAGAGAGACUUUCACCUCUUCGAAUGGGCCUCGGUCUUAUAGGUGUUCCUAAUGAACAAAACUCAGCAAUGAAGUGGAGGGCAACAGCCUCCAUGGGAGGACCUCUAGGGGAGGCCUUGACCAGCACAAGUAGCACCCUGUUAGAUGGGAAGAAGAACUUUCUUAGCCUUAUUAAUGAUGGUUGGGAUCUGAACCCUCAGUUAGCUUCAUCCACCAACAAUGUGAUACAGUCUACUACAGUCAGCUCGGUUUCCAGUGGCUCUGAUAAUGGUGUCAAGGUUGAGAAGAACGCCAAUGAAGGCUUAAGCUGCCUUUUUGGCCCAAACAAUGUAAAUUCCUUGAACUUGCCUCCUUUUGUCAGCAUUUGACUGAGAUGAAAAAUUGAAAAGCUUGAAGUAGAAGAAGAUUGGCAACAACUGCAAGGAGGAGAAGACAAUCAAUCUUGGUUGAAAACUGGUAGCGAUGUCUACUUUUUAAAAUUAUCUUAUUAGAAUAUAGACUGAAGUGUUUCUUUGGCUUUCUUUUAUCUAUGUUGCGAAUUUAUACAUUAUUUGUCUUUUUUUUUUCUGCUGAACUUCUGGUGGUUGUGUCUUUGGCUUUUGAUGGUAGAUAAUCUCUAUGGUGUAGUUUGUGUGA